CCUUGGAGAAGAACCAACAUUGGCAUAAAAAGAAAAACCGAAUAUUUUUCUACAGAUUCCUUCUCGUUUCCACCGCUAAUAGGGUGGUAUCUUUAGCUUCACCCUCUGGUAAAUCACACUUAAAAAAAGAAACUAACCGUUACCACCUCGGGCAAAUAGCCAGAUGCUAAAAAUUCCAACCCCAAAGCUUAACGGAAACCAGUUGUUUGUUUUCCCAAUCAGAUUCAGCGGCGGAGUACGGAAUCCUCGCCCCCCCACCCUAUAUAACCACUCCAAACUUGGCAAGAUUCCCACACACCACAAGAUCCUCCCAAUUCUUGUUCCCACUUAUUUCUGGAGCUCUCUCUUCUCUCCUCUCGUCUUACCACCCCAAAACCAUCCAAUUCCUUCUCCCCAUGUUCCCCAAAUUCAUUUCAGUACUUAGCUCCCUUUCUUCUUCCUUCAAUCUUGAGACAAAUUUCAGAUGGGUUUCAUGAGAUCCAUCCUCCCUCGCCGGAACAAAUCCAAGCCGCCACCGCCGAUGCCAACAUUGGCCGCCGAGACAUCAACCAAGCAACUCGAGAGGGUCUUCAACAAAUUCGACUCCAAUGGCGAUGGCAGGAUAUCUUCCUCCGAGCUCGCCGCCAUCUUCCGAUGCCUCGGCCACCCCGCCACCGACGAGGAGCUCGAGAUCAUGAUGGGGGAGGCUGACUUCAACGGGGAUGGCUACAUUAGCCUCGAAGAGUUCUUGGAGCUCAACACCAAGACAGUCGAUGCUAAGGCUGCUCUUGAGGACCUCCGGCAUGCGUUCUCGGUGUUCGACAUAGAUCGCAAUGGCUCGAUAUCGGUCGACGAGCUCGAGAAGGUGCUGCGGAGCAUCGGCGAGGAGGAGACGCUUGCGCAGUGCAAGAAGAUGAUCGAUGGAGUUGAUCAGGAUGGGGAUGGGCUCAUUAGUUUUGAGGAGUUCAAGGACAUGAUGAUGGCUCCCUCCUUUGCCGUUGCUUCGACGGAUAAGGUGGGGUGAAUUGAAGCCUUCUAAUUCUAUGUGGACAUGAACGAUGUGUUAUUUUUUGAAUCUGCUUCUCUUGAAAACAAUUAACUCAUAUUAGAUUAUGAAUAGUUUGUACAAAAACUCACUGACUAUAGUGGAUUUGAUAGACAUAAUUUUACAGUGUUAGUUUGUGUGUUCUUGUUCUUCCUCUUUCUGAAUCAAUUAUCAAAGGAUAUAGCAACCAUUCU